AUGGCUUGGCACCUUCAAGUCAAAACCAAAUCGGACGACGAUAUCCACCCACGAAUCCAACCUCGCCAAGUCUCCACGUAUUCAAGUUUAUCAGGUGCUCUCCGAUGCUCAAAUAGACUACCUAAUACCCAGUAUCGCAUCCCGCAAGACAUCUAUUGGCCACAGUUGCCCCACGAGAUUGACCUCGCUCAACGCCGCCCCAUCCGCGCGCACAUCAAUUUCGACUAUGUCGGGUCCCAAGGCAAAGGCAUCCCCGUAAUGGACCUCGUCAACACCAACAUCCGGACACUCUCCCAGCUCAUGGCGCGCGGAGAGGACAUGGUUUUCGCUCGUGGCACACGCGACGACAGGGGAAUUCGGUUCAUGAUUCGGUGGCCUGGUUAUUCUCACCUCGCAUAUGACGGGUUUUGGUCAGUUCGGAGUCGCAAUGGGAAGGGCUGGUCUGGCAAAAAGGGUGGCCGAGGCGGUCCAUAA